AUGGCUCUUGAAAACGUUGCUCAAACCGAGACCAAUAUUAAUGAUAGAGAAACGCAAAAGAGAUCCGAAUCCAGGGGUUCCGAUUCUGGUGUUGAUAAUGAGACUUCUUCCCCAUCUCCACCCUGCAUCUCGAACAAUAAAACGGCUCAGUUUGAGUUAUCAACCUCACCACAACAGCUCACUAAUGACCUAGGGAAAAUGUUUGUUGGGGGGUUGAGUCACACUACUACGGAGGAAACUCUCAAAACUUACUUUGGAAAGUAUGGUAACAUCAAAGAAACCACUGUUAUGCGAGAUCCCAAUAACUUAAGAUCAAGGGGAUUUGGAUUUGUUACCUUUGAGGAUUCAGCUGCUGUAGGAAAGGUGCUGGAAAGUGGACCACACUACCUUGAGUCAAAAAAGAUUGAUCCGAAACUGGCAGUGCCUCGAAUACCAGCCCAGAACUCGAAGUUGCAUUAUGCUCAAGAAUGGAGGAAACUUACCUCAAAGCCUCGAGUUUUGACUUCAGCCAAAACAAGGAAGGUGUUCGUUGGUGGAGUGGCGGACAGCACUACGAACGAGGAAAUAGCGAAUUACUUCAGCCAGUACGGAAGGCUUGAAACCUAUGGACUAAUGAUGGAUAGGGAAACAAACAGACACCGUGGUUUCGCUUUUGUGACUUUCGAAAAUGUGGAUGCUGCCAAUAAGGUGGAAGUAAAACGUGCCUUGCCCAAAGAAGUAAUGAAGGGAGUAAACAAUUGCCAAAAAGCUAAUCAAACAUUUACCAGACACGCAAUUGCCGUGUAUGCGAAUAAUUUUUCAUUGGGAACCUACAACCCGUCUGCGAAUGCUGCAGCAACCUUAAGUCCUCCAGCGGGUGCAUACACGUAUUUGCCCGGAUACUACCUUCCUGGUGGAGAUUAUCCCUACAACUCCAACCUAUUCUUACCUCAAUAUUGGAAUAACUUCGUGGGAAAUGUUAUGCAGAAUUAA